AUGGAAACAAUAAAGCAAGACACUAAAGAUGUAACUGUUGAUAAUAAUAAUGAAUUAAUUAAUACUAACAAUCAACAAAACUCUUUUGCACUUCGUUUUGUAAAAAGAGCUUCUGUUUAUACUGGUGUUAUAUGUGUUGUGGGUAUGUUUGGUGUACCAACAGCAUUGAGCUGGAUCGGUUUUACAUCUAUGGGUGUAACAGUUGGCUCUUGGGCAGCUUGGUGGCAAGCCACACAUUUCGUUCCAGGUAUAUUUAGUUUAAUGCAAAGUGUAACAGCAACUGGUGCUGUAGGUGCACUUUUCAUCAAAGUUGGAAUAGGUGCUGCAUUAACAAAAGCUUUCAUUGAUGCAAGCAAGACUUCAAAUGAAACGAAACCUGAUAAUAACGAAAAAGUUCAGUCAAAACUUUCAUAG